UUCGCGGACUCGAAUUUUAGAUUUUGAGUAGGAAGAAGAGAACGAACCCUAGCCAGACAGCUAGGCAGAUUUGACCAGGUUCGAGCACGAAGCUCAAUCAAGCUCCGGUUUUACUCCGCCUAGACCAAGAGACGUUAAUUUACUCUCGUCGGGUCCGCUCCACUCCUCCCAGCUCUCAAUUCUUCGAUGACAAGCGCUUGGACAAAUAAGAGCUUUGCAAUGAUACAUAGUGGGUAUAGAAAGGGAGUGGGAGAAUCAGGGUGGAGUUUUGGGUAUUGGUUUUUUUUAUAAUUGGAGAUUGUUGUUGCUACUUUCUGAAGCUCUGGCAAAAUGUUCAUGGGAGGAUGAGGAGACCAAAUUAAAUUUCAAAUUUUGUAAUAGCUUGUUGGAGCAUCUUUGGAGCAAAUGAGCAAUGGAGCUUGUGGAGUACCGCUCACAAUUGGAGGAAUUGCUCUGUUGGUUUGCUUCAUGGUUUUGAUUUUGCAAUAGUUUUCGUUAUUGUCAGAGUAGAUGCUGAUGAUAAUGGGAUAUGUGUGUGGAUAGAGUUUCAUGAUUUUUCAAAUUGGGAUUUUUGUUUCUUUAUUUAUUUAGUUCUGUUUUUGUGUGUGCAGUGAGAUAUUUGUCAUUUUUUUCUGGUAUUGCAAAUGAGUGGUCACUUCUCUCGCACAAUCUACGUUGGCAACCUACCCUCUGAUAUUAGAGAAUGGGAGGUUGAAGAUCUGUUCUACAAGUAUGGUCGUAUUUUGGAUAUCGAAUUGAAGAUUCCACCACGUCCUCCAUGUUAUUGUUUUGUUGAGUUUGAGAAUUCCCGGGAUGCUGAAGAUGCAAUCAGGGGUCGAGAUGGUUAUGACUUUGAUGGUUGUCGUUUGAGGGUUGAGCUUGCUCAUGGUGGUAGAGGACAAUCCUCCAGUGAUCGUCGGGGUGGGUACGGUGGGGGUGCAGCUAAGUUUGGCAUCUCACGCCAUUCUGAAUAUCGAGUUAUUGUUCGUGGGCUCCCUUCUUCUGCUUCCUGGCAAGAUUUGAAGGAUCACAUGCGAAAAGCUGGCGAUGUGUGUUUUGCUGAAAUUUCGCGCGACAGUGAUGGGACUUUUGGUGUUGUUGAUUAUACCAAUUAUGAUGACAUGAAAUAUGCUAUCCGUAAACUUGAUGAUACUGAGUUUAGAAAUCCCUGGGCAAGAGCUUAUAUUCGGGUGAAGAGAUAUGAGGGCAGUCCAUCCAGGAGUCGAAGUAGAAGCCGCAGCAGAAGCCGGAGCAUUAGAAGAGACCAGAGUAAAUCACGGGAACGAUCUCUAUCCAAAUCACCAGUUAAGUCUAGAUCUGCAUCUCCUGUUAAGUUAUCCAGAGCAAGAUCAAGAUCAAGGUCAAGGUCAAGGUCAGCAUCACCGGAUAAGGCACGCUCGGUUAGCCACUGAUGCUCAUACGGUAAAAGUAAGAAGUCCAGCGGUGCUUGCAUGAAUGGAGUUUACGGGGAAAGUUUUGUUGCAUGUCUGAGCAGAAUAUUACCGGAUAUUGUCUUUGGGGACAACCUUGGGAUUAGCUGUGUUUGUUGGUAGUGACGCGUUAAUUUGAGUACACUGGUGGAUGAACUGAGCUUAAUCAUUUUCUCAUUUUGAUAGUAUAGCAUUUUUCUUUAAAAUUUUAAUUUACUGAUCUUGCUCGGUCUUCUGACCCUUUAGCAAUCGUGUAAGACUGCACUUUGUUGGUGUUUUCUUUGGUUAUUAAUUUAUAAUUAUAUUCACGAA